AUGUUCGCAUUGAAUUCAAUCAGCAGUACUGUGAGCCCCUGGGGGCUGGACCCGCAGCAUGAGAUGCCGUUCCACAGCGAUGAGUGCAUCUUCCAGAGGAGCAUGCCAUCGGUGGUGAACUUCGUGCUGUACGGCCUAGUGGUCCCCACGCUCUCCAUCUUCGGUCUGUGUACGAACUUCAUCAACGCGGUGGUGUUCAUGCGGCCCAAGAUGACGCCCUCGGCCUUCACCUAUCUGGCGGCACUCUCUUGGAUGGACUGCGUCUCCUGUCUGCUCAUCACGCUAACGGCGCUGUCGCGCAGCUACUUCUACUACAGCCCCGCCUGGAUCACCUACGACUACCGGUGGCAAACGCCGCUGUUCGGCAUCAGCACAGGAGCCGCCAACCUGAUUCUGGCCUGUCUCAGCCUGGAUCGGUUCACCUAUUUGGCCAGCUUCAGGAGGAACAGUGGGCCACCGAAGUUCUGUCGCCGCAAGGUUGCUCGCUAUAUGAUCGCCGUCGUGAUUGCCGUCUCUGUUAUUGCCAAUAUACCAUACUUUUUCGUCUUCUAUGUGGAUCAGGACGGAACCUGUCAUGUGCAAGAGUUCUACUACUCCACAUUUUAUAAGGUGCACAACUGGUUCAGCUUCACCCUGUUGGCCCUGCUGCCAGCCGUAUUCCUGCUGAUCGGAAACACAGCCAUCAUUAUUGCCUUUCGACGGUGGACAAAGCAGAGUCGCCUUUGCCAGUCCACUGCCAACAAUGGCGACACUCGCACCACCAUCAAACGAUACCAGCACCAAAUGAAGCUGACGGUGAGCAUUGUGAUUGUGAUAACGCUCUACAUGAUCGGUGAACUUCCGGCGCACAUGACGUCACGAAAGAGUUCGCUCAAUCUACUCUUCGGGGGCGACACCAACAAAGUGGAUGAGUCGGUGAUGGAGAAGGUGGAGGUGAUCUGCAUCACGCUCAAUGCCCUGCAACUGUCCCUGAACAUUGUCGUGUACGCCGUGAUCAAUCCCUCCUUUAUGCCAGAGUUCUUUCUCUGCCUCAAGGGCACCUCAGAUGUGUGCAUGGGUAUCUGUUGCUUCCGUGCCAUUGGGCGGAGCUGGCGCCGAUGUCGGACCCGACGCCAACAGCAACCCACGGCCGAGGAGUGCGUGGUCAGCAGUGUGGCGCCCCAUCAUUUGCCGGCGGACGAGGCGAUGCAGUGUGGCUGCGCGAGCUGGGCCAGCGACUCCGAUUGUCAGAACGAUGCUCACUGUAGAACAGCUGUGGGCACCUUUACGCUAGUGAAGGAUUCCCAAGAGGAACAACAUUCCCACUCCCAUGGACAUCCAGAGCCAGAGGUGUUCACCACCAGAUCAAGCUCCUGCCUGCACGCGAAAGACUCGGCCACAAACGAUGAUUCGAUCUUCAGCUCUAGCUUUAUUAUAAUCACUUAG